UCAUAAGAUUUAUAUUCUUGCAUUCUAAGGUUUUGACUUACUUAAUUUCAAUAUGUUUGUAGUUUGUACAUGCAAAUAAAUAUUUACACAAUUUAUGCUCCAAUAUGCAAUAAAUGAAGCCGAUUUUUAAAAUAUGUUUUAAAUGUACUUCGUAUGAUCCUCUAAAUAUAUCAGAAAUUCAGAAUAAUACGAAAGGGAUAAUAAUCUUCCUGGAAUUGGAGUGUAGAAGGAGUAUCUACACAUUUAUUAGUAUACAGAGAAAGUGUGCUCCACUUAUUUUCAUCCAGCCGAAGGCCAUGUAUGUAAAUAUAUGCCAAAUACGGCUCCCUUAGUCCCUUAUUCAACUUCCCUCAUUCUGAAUUUCUAAUCUGACUACAAACGUUUAUUCCCUUCCGUUCAUCCCAAAGUUUCCUCAGUUCUCCAAUUCUCCAAAAAUUGGGAAGAAGUCCCCAGAAAUCCAUCAAAUAUGCCCCUGCAACUUCUCCCUAAUCAAAAUCCUGGUAAUCAUGGCUUAUCGUCCAUUCUUCCCAAACCAUGUUGUGGACUUGUUACACUAAACGUUGGAGCGAAAUUUAUCGCAAUUACACUUAUGGCCAUGUCCUUGUACAACAUGACCUUAUCGGUGUUCUACUUCUUUCGUGGAAUCAAGACCACUGUUGGAGAUAUUUCACCCACGGACGAGUCAGAAAGAAAUCUGAACUACUUGGUUGUGUUUUGCUUGACAUCCCUGUUUUUCAGCCUGCACGUCACGCUCUAUUAUGGAAUUAAAAAUGAAAAGUACAAAAUUGUCAAUAUUUGCUGGAUAAUUGUCUGUGUGAAAGCAGUUGUGCUGGUGAUGUCGAUUGUGUAUCUCGUGUCAAGAGCUAACAUUAUGUUGGAAAUUAGCGAGACUGGCAUCCUAAUCUUUCAUUUGUACUCCGUCUGGGUGAUUUACGUCUUUAAGGAGGAGUUGAACCGAGGGGCUGAUUUAAGGGUGGAAGGUUUUCAAAGUUUUGCUUAAGUUCGAUUAGUUUCAUGAUUUUUUUUCAGUUUGAUGUAUUUUUAUGAAAAGUAUGAAAAGUAAAUAAAAACAAUGGAAAAGUAUAAGUUCCUUAUAAA